UCACGCUCCAAUAUCAUACGCUAAGAGCUCAGCUUCAUUGAGUGAGGUUUGUGGGGCAUAUCUGAUAUCGCGUGCCUCUCACUAUGAGUCACUAUCGAGGCUACCCUUCGGACGAUGAGUCGGACCUCGACAUUCACGUCACUCGUCACCGGGGCCGUUCGCCAGCGCCGCCACCGGCACGGGCGCCCAUCGCGAGCUAUGUCGCGCCUCGUCCUCGCUACUAUGAAGCUCCCGAUCGUUUUUUGGUCCCUGAAACGCAUGAUCGUGCCUUAGUCAUGACCCGGUCGUCGUCUCGGUCCCGGGACCGCCGCCAUCGCCGUCACUCAAGCUCGUCCAGUGCCCGCAGCACGGCGCCGGCGACCCAGUCUGGUCCUCCCAUUAUCAUAAACAACCACAUCAACAACCACUCGGACUCAGACUCGGAAUCCGACUCAGACUACCGCCACGGCCGCCUACAGGUCGCGAAGAGCCACCGGUCGCACUCGCGCGGAGGGUCUUCCACGUCCUCAUACCAGUAUGAGCGUCAUGACCGCCAUGACUACCAUCGUGAUCAUCGUGACUACCGUGACCGUUAUGUGCGGGAGAAGGAACUGGAAAGGGAACUGGAAAGGGAGCGGGAAAAAGAGCGCUCCAAGGCCCGUGAUCGCUCUGACCGGGAGAAGGAGUUGGAAAAGUUGAAGGAGAAGGAGCGCGCUAAGGCCCUGCAAGAGUAUGAGUUUCAGCGCGCACAGAAUGAGCUGAAGGAAAUGAAGCUCAUGAAGCAGAUUGAGAAAGAAGACAAGAUUCGUAACAAGACGUACGAAGAGGAGCGCGAACUGCGUGAGGCCAAGAAGGAACUAGAUGAGAUCCGACGGAAGCGCGAACGCGAGGACCAGGAGCGGCGUAUCAAGCAGAAGCUCGAGCUGGAGCGCCUGCGCAAAGAAGAAGAAGAGGCUGCCGAGAAAAUGCGUCGCGACAAGGAGGCCAAGGCGGCCGUCGAAAAGUACAAGAGGGAGCAGGCGGAGCGGGAGCUGCGCGAGAAGACGGAGCGCGAGCAGAAGGAACGCGAGUACAAGCAGAAGAUGCACGAGCAGCUGCUCAAGUCGGGCUUGGGCGAGAAGGAGAUCGCCGCCAUCCUGGCCGGAAAGAAGAUUGAGAAGGAAAAAGAAAAGGAAAAGGAAAAGGAGAAGGAGAACAGGAAACCAGAGGGUCCCCUGAUCGUUGAGGAUAACCGUCCAACGUACACACGCAUGGCACGGAGACAUCUGUCCAUUGAGACGCUGCGGGUUUACAAUAUUGAUUACCAACUUGAUGUUGACCCCGAAUUCGUCAUUAUCAAGCGGUGGGUGACGGAGGGCGAGCAGGACAUGCUCUGGCGGCACACCAAAAUCCUUCGCGAACAGCGGUCGGGCAAGCUCGUUAUGACCAUCGAGGACAAAAAGAAGCACCACCACCUCGGGGAUGAUAAUUUCGAGUGGGUGCGCAAGAAGGAGCGCAGGAGGAGCAAGUCGCCAUCUUUGCUGAUGUAUCUGGCCGGGGCGAAGCCAGCGUAAAAGUGGACAGCAGUGGCAGCACAGUGAUUUCAUGGUUGGUUGGCGGGAUGAUGAUAUAUCUUAAUAUAUAUACUAAGGCGUUUGUAUGUAACGGAUUUUGAGAUUUU